UUGUCACAAAAGGCAUAAAAUAAGUGGUCGUUGAGGAGUGUGAUUUACCAAGGUGUGGCUAUAAAAACUAACACUGACCUCUUUUUUUGGAAUGUGUGUUUUUAAAUUUUGUAUUUCACUUGGUAUGCCUUGUAUUCCUGUCUGGCCCAUUUGGAGAGACUCCGCGGUACUAACAAUACAUAUGCAAUAACGAUCGUGCUGCCCCCGCCUAUAAAAGGGAGACGCGCCCAUGUCGUCUUAUUCCGACUCCAUUCAAGCCACGAUGAGCUACGGAUCUGAAGUCUACUCCUCCUCUUCCUACCGAAGGAUCUUCGGGGAAUCUCCCCGCUAUGCGUCCUCUCCAUCUCGGACAGCCAUGAGUGUGUCCUCGCGGGGAGGUUACCGAGCCUCGUCCGCGUCCCGGAGCAACGUUUCAUCCGCGGGCGGGUACACCCGAAAGUCCGGACGCGCCUUCUCGUCCAUGCCGCUGGAGACCUUCGACCUGGCACAGAGCAGCGUCCUCAAUAAUGAGUUCAAAAUUGUCCGCACCAAUGAAAAGGAGCAAAUGCAGGGUCUCAAUGACCGCUUUGCCAUGUUCAUUGAGAAAGUGCGCAAUUUGGAGCAGCAUAAUAAAGUGCUGGAGACGGAGCUGGUGGCCCUGCGUCAGAGGCAGGCGGAACCAUCCCGCCUCGCCGAGCUCUACCAGCAGGAGAUCCGCGAAUUGCGCUCCCAGUUGGAUGAGCUCAAUGGGGAGAAGUCCCAGCUCCUCAUCGAGAGAGACAGCAUUGACGAUGACCUCCAGAAGCUCAGGGGGAAAUAUGAAGAAGAAUUCCGUGCUCGAGAGGACGCAGAGGCCACACUCAAGGCUUUCAAGAAAGAUGUGGAGGACGCCACCAUGGUGCGCCUGGACCUGGAGAAGAAGGUGGAAUCUCUUCUGGAUGAAAUCAACUUCCUGAGGAAGGUGCACGAUGAGGAGGUGGCCGAACUCACGGACAUGAUCCAGGCUGCUCAGGUGUCCGUUGAGAUGGAGGUCGCCAAGCCGGACCUGACCUCCGCCCUCAAGGAGAUCCGAAGUCAGUAUGAGUCGAUGGCCUCCAAGAACCUGCAGUCCGCCGAGGAGUGGUACAAGACCAAGUUCGCCGACCUGUCUGAGCAAGCCACCCGCAGCAACGAUGCCAUCCGCGCCAGCAGGGAGGAAAUGAGUGAGUUUAGGAGGCAGCUGCAGUCCAAAACCAUCGAGAUUGAGAGCCUCAGAGGCACUAAUGAGUCCCUGGAAAAGCAGCUUAGGGAGAUGGAGGACAGACACAGCGUGGAGAUUGGAAACUACCAGGAUGGCAUAGCGGAGUUGGAGAAUGAGCUGAGGGGCACUAAAAGUGAGAUGGCUCGUCACUUGAGGGAGUACCAAGAUCUGCUGAAUGUCAAGAUGGCUCUUGAUAUUGAGAUAGCGGCAUAUAGAAAGCUGCUGGAAGGUGAGGAGACCCGCAUUGGGACAGGGAUCGCCUAUCCUAGCCCAUCCAUAACUUCAGGCGGUGGACAGAGUUACAACUACCAGUCCCGCAUCUACACCACCUCUGGCAAGAGCUCCAAGAGGGAAGGCAAGGAUGACAGCCAGCCGCAGAGCAAGGCUGGAAGCAAGGCCACACAUGAGGUUUAUGAGGAGACAGUGGUCACCACUAAAAAGGUGGAGAAGCAACAAGAUGCCAGUGAUAGCGCCACCAAUCAGAAAAACUAGGAGCCUAGUGUAAGCCUGCUAGACCACUAAACCUUAUUUAUCUCACAACUUCCCUUCCCCUCUCCUUUGAUCAGUCUCCAUACCAUGAUAAACCCGUUGUCUUUACACUUACAACACCACAGGGAGCUAAGGUGCUAGUUUGCCUUCUCAUAAACAUCUUGUAUUCAUGUGUUGGAUUUGCAGAUAGAAGUAACUUUUGAGAUGUAGGGGUUUACUAUAUGUUGCUCUCACUUCCCCUUAAAUAACACACACUCCCAGGAGGAAAACUUCAAAUCAUUAACUCCAAUAUAUCCGUCAUUAUGUUCAAGACCACUCGAUUCUCUUUUGUUCUUUUGUUCGUCAUUCACUCACUGAGAAGAACAAGCUCUUAGGCAGCACACACUAGAAAUGUGGUCUUUUCAAGUACAGUACUCAACUGCUUGUUCACACUCGCAUCAUAAAGAUGCACAGAGUAGCUCACAACUGGUCAAACACCACAACCACAAUUACGAGACAAACGUGUGCAACCACUGUGCAUACUUAAAGGACAAAUGCGUUGAAAACAUCACCUGUUUACUCAAUUCAACUUAGAUAAACGAUAGAUUAAAGAGUUUAGUAAAAAAGCACACACAUCUACAAGAAACCAUCCAGAGUUAUGGUUGGCCUAAAAGUCUAGCUUGUAAUCUUGCUCAAUUAACUCAAAAUCAAUAAAAAAAAAUUCACCUUGCACAAAUUUCCAAAUAACUAUUGGUGGCGUCAAUUGUGUCUGCAUGGGAGCAGCACAAAUGAAGGAAGACAUCCUCAAAGGAAAACUGCCCUUUCUUACUUUUUGAACGAUAAUAAUAAAGUUGCAAUAUUUAAUGAGCAAACAAGAAAUCUCUGCAAAGUGAGCUUAAUUUGCAUGGUGUACUAGAGAUAGUCAUCCUCUUGCUCCAUUGCGCAUUUAACGCAAUGACCAGAUUGAAGGGUUGGCCCAGGCCUCCCUUUUCUGCCAUUGACCGCGCACAACAUCAUCAUGCACAAGCAUUCAAGGAUGACUGCACUGCAGGUAGUGUUUGUUCGCUUUGUAGGAUAUAACCAUAAAGACUAUCAUAAUGUGAUUAACAACUGAAAUAAAAACGAAAACAAGUUGAUUUGCUCACUUAACCAAGAAUUAUGCACAGUAACCUGUUGGGUAAAUCAUACUUAAGCACAAAAAGCUGAUUAUGUCUGAUGCACCUGAGCGAUAACAGUACCCAUAUGUUGCUCCAUUUCUCAUUUCCUUACAUUGAUGAGUAAAGCCUAAUUUGAACCCGCAAUCCAUAUCACUCAAGGCUGAAGACCAAACCUUGCAACGGCAGUUAAAAUACAGCCGAUAAACAGCCGAAAAGCACCCGAUUGUUUAAAAUGUGACCUCGCUUUCACACUUUGGCCAUGACUGGAUAAAAUGUCUGUUGUAGUGUAAUCUCACCAGUAGAAACUUGUUUGAGUGAGCCACUUGAAGCUCACUUUUUUUGCUUGCUUCCUGCCAGUUAAAACACAGCAACGUUAUAAUUGUGCUAUGCUCCAUGGCAGACCCCACCCUGACAAGCUGCACUCACACACGAAAAAAAAAAUGCGAUUGUAUGACAGAAUGUUCUGGAUUGGCUUCUUAUAUUCGUGGCUUGGGAACGCUCAAUAUGUUAGUGCUGUAGAAAGUGUGCAUUUGUAUCGCUAUGCAGUGGCCUAUGCUAAAAGGACUUUGGAAUAGAAAAAUGUCAUGAGCACAUGUAAAUGUAUGUAUGCUGCAUUCCAGAGUAACAAAAGCUUUUAUAACAUAAUCACACUGCAAACCAAAUAAAAUGUGUCUAAAUAUCCCAUCCCUGCAACACUGCCAAAAGUCCCACAAAUGCAGCACCACGUCAUGGCAUGACAUUACAAACAGUGUCUCAAAAUGUCCAACGCAAGGAUCAAUAUUCUGCCAUAGACUCAAUGAUGUAGGAUUUAAAAUGCCUUAAAACACCAGCAGCUUCGUAUCUUGACAUGUGCAUGGUGCAGAUGAUUCUGUCAAGUGGAGUAUUUGAUCAUUAUUUGCAUUCAUUUAGAGCUACCGUGAAAAUUCAAGUUUAGGGAUUGAAUGUUGUUAUUCUUGUUAGUAUUUCAACUUGCUAUGUAUUGCUGUUAGACACAAUGUCAAUAAAGAUUUGACAUGAC